CUCACCAUUCCCAGUACCAACACAUUACUAGUAUUUCUCCUCUCCUCACACUCUCUUUGCUCCGUCGUUACACAACACUGCUUCCAAGCCGCCACGACGACGACGACGACGACGACGACCUGCCACAAUCCCCCUCUUCUCUCUCUCCAGACUCUAAAAAAUAGCCUAUCUUCUCUCUCUGUCUAUCGCCUCUAAAGAUCAGCCAAAAAAGGUAAAAACCCUAUCUUUCUCUCUUUCUCUACAUUUCUUCCAUCAGCUCACCAAAAAAGCCUGCAAAAAACCCACCAUGAAAAUACCAGAAAACGACCCCAUAACUCUCUCAAACGACCUUUUACACUCCCUUUUAAACCACCAUAUCCCGUUAAUACAAUCUUUCAAAGGCAAAUGGGGUUUAAUAAAAUCCAAACUAGCUGAUCUUCAAACUCAACUCACUGAUUUUUCCGAGUUCCAAACUUCACUCACUAACCCACUCUCUCUCGAUCUCCUUCACUCUAUUUCACAAACUCUAACCGAUGCUAUCCUCUCAGCUGAAAAGUGUCAAGAUACAAACUUGACAGAAGGGAAGCUUAAAACUCAAAGUGAUAUUGAUUCGAUUUUAGCCAAGUUGAAUCAAAAUGUGAAAGAUUGUGAGAUUUUGAUCAAAAGUGGGGUUCUUCAAGAUGGAAUAGUAUCUGGGUCUGGCUCAAAAAGAGAGCUUGUUAGAGCUGAGUCAAGGAAUUUGACAACUCGGUUGCAAAUAGGGAGCCCCGAGUCUAAGAACUUGGCUAUGGACUCAGUUUUGAGUUUGAUUCAGGAGGAUGAUAAGAAUGUAAUGAUUGCUGUUGCACAGGGUAUUGUGCCUGUUCUUGUUAGAUUACUUGAUUGUAACAGUUGUCUUGAUAUUAAAGAGAAAACUGUAGCUGCAAUUUCAAUAAUUUCAAUGGUGGAUAGCAGUAAACAUGUUUUGAUAGCAGAAGGGUUGUUGCUUUUGAAUCAAUUGAUUAGGAUUCUCGAAUCAGGAAGUGGAUUCGCGAAAGAAAAAGCUUGUAUUGCACUUCAAACUUUAAGCUUUUCGAGAGAGAAUGCAAGGGCAAUAGGAUCUAGAGGUGGGAUUUGUUCAUUAUUAGAGAUUUGUCAAGCUGGAACACCUAGUUCACAGGGUCUUGCAAGUGGGGUUUUGAGGAACUUGGCUGUGUUUGAGGAGACUAGAGAGAAUUUUAUAGAAGAAAAUGCUGUUUUUGUUCUCAUUGGGCUUGCAGCUUCUGGGACUGCAUUAGCUCAAGAAAAUGCUAUUGGUUGUUUAUGCAAUUUGGUCAAGGAUGAUGAAAAUUUGAAGCUUUUGAUUGUCAAGGAAGGGGUUAUUGAGUGUUUGAGGAAUUACUGGGAUUCAUGUCCUCCGAUGAGGAGUCCUGAAGUUGCUGUUGAGUUGUUAAGGGAGUUGGCUUCUAGCCAAGCUAUUGCUGAAGGGCUUGUUUCUGAUGGGUUUAUUGUUAGGCUUGUGGCGGUGUUGAAUCUUGGUGUCUCGGGUGUGAGAAUUGCAGCUGCUAGAGCUGUGUCUGAGCUUAGUUGUAACACUAAAACAAGGAAAGAAAUGGGUGAAUUGGGGUGCAUUGGUCCGUUGAUUAAAAUGUUGGAUGGUAAGGCUGUGGAAGAGAAGGAAGCAGCAGCAAAAGCUUUGUCAUUGCUUGUAUUGUAUGCUGGUAAUAGGAGAAUUUUCAGAAAGUCUGAGGGAGGGAUAGUCAGCACAGUUCAGCUAUUGGAUACUUCGAUACAGAAUUUGGAUAAGAAGUACCCUGUUUCUAUAUUGGCCUCACUUGUACAUUCUAAGAAGUGUAGGAAGCAAAUGAUUGCUGCUGGUGCUAGCGUGCACUUGAAGAAACUCGUGGAUAUGAAUGUUGAAGGAUCUAAGAAGCUCUUGGAUGGGCUUGGCCGGGGUAAGAUUUGGGGUGUCUUUGCCAGGCCCUAGCAUGGAUAUAAUUUUACCAUUGGUGCCUCAAACUUGAACGAAGACGGCUCGUUAAUCCAUAUGUACAUUUUUGUGUUUACUCUUACUCUUGUUUCGUGUUUGCAUUUUUUUUCCUUUUCUUUUUGUUCAUAUGAUUGUUAAGUUGCUUUAGGAGUAAACAAUUUUUAGCUUAGUUUCUAGUGGAAAACCUCUUCUUUGCAGUGAGGAGAUUGUGGUUUGUUUGACCUAACUACACUGGAGUUUAUGUUCUGUAUCCGAAACUGAAUAACAGUUUGUAAUGUGUUUGAGAUCA